AUGAUAGCACUACGACAAGCACUCACAUAUCUCCGAGGGCAUUCGGAUAUAAUCAAGGAGUGUUCCAUCGUUACGGACAGCCAGUUAGUUUUGACGGCCCUUCGCAAUAUGAGACAGCCAACUACGCUACAACUGGAGACGUGGGAACUCGCGGUCAAUCUGGCCAGAGAAAUUUCCCUACGUUUUCACCGGACACCGUCGCAUUCUGGAAACGAGAAAAACGACGCAGCGGAUCAACUUGCGAAGGCCGCUGCCACCGACCAGGCGACUGCACCAAUUUAUAAAUUGGCGCCCAGGGCACACGUCAAGCGACGUCUACGCAAUUUUUCCCUGGAGGCUUGGAAAGAACGAUGGAGGACUGCUACAACCGGAAGGACUACGGCGAGCUUCCUACCGGAUCCCUGUUACGACAGGAAAAUCACGGGAGAUUUUGACUUCUAUAUGGUACAGCUUAUGACAGGACACGGGAACUUUAAUUCAUACUUAAAACGUAUCGGGAAAAUCGACAACGAUUUGUGUGAGUGUGAUGGCACCGAUACAUCGGAGCACGUCCUUUUUCAUUGGGUUCUUUUUGCUCAACAACGAAUAGUUGCCGAUCGGGUCCUCGCGGCCCGCGGUUUAAGACGGCCGGCCAAUUAUCGGGAGGUCACCGAAGUGCGGGACGAGAGGGACUGGUGGGACGAUUUUCGCUCUUUUUCAAAUCGCGUUGAUAAGCUGAAAGUCAAUUAA